AUGGAGAUAUCAACAGCUCUAAUGCUCUUAUCACUGGUUGUGGCUUAUUUACUAUGGUUGAAAACCAUCACGAGGACAUUGAAGGGUUCAAAGGGUCCACGUGUCUGGCCCUUAUUGGGCAACCUGCCGGGUUUAAUCCAGAACUCUAAUCGCAUGCAUGAGUGGAUCGCUGACAACCUUCGCGCGUGUGGUGGCACGUACCAGACCUUGAUAUGUGCAAUUCCAAUUUUAGCCCGGAAGCAAGGUCUCGUGACUGUCACAUGCGACCCCAAGAACCUUGAGCAUAUACUGAAGCUCAAGUUUGAUAAUUACCCAAAGGGUCCCACCUGGCAAGCUGUGUUCCAUGAUCUUCUUGGUGAGGGGAUCUUCAAUUCUGAUGGUGACACGUGGCUGUUUCAAAGGAAAACUGCCGCACUGGAAUUCACCACCCGAACCCUUCGGCAAGCGAUGGCUCGAUGGGUGAGCCGAGCAAUAAAGAACAGGUUCUGUCCUAUUCUCAAAGCGGCUCAAGUGGAAGGCAAGCCUGUCGAUCUUCAAGACCUCUUGCUUCGGCUCACUUUUGAUAACAUUUGCGGCUUGGCUUUUGGUAAGGACCCAGAGACUCUAUCGGCUGGGCUUCCUGAGAACAGCUUCGCAUCGGCUUUUGAUCGAGCCACUGAAGCCACACUGCAACGCUUUAUUUUGCCUGAGAUUAUUUGGAAGCUCAAGAGAUGGCUUGGGCUUGGAAUGGAGGUGAGUUUGAGCCAAGGCAUGAAACACGUGGAUGAUUACAUGACCAAUGUCAUCAAUACACGUAAGCUCGAGUUACAGAGUCAGCAGAAUGGGACGACCCCACAUGAUGACCUACUCUCUAGGUUUAUGAAGAAAAGGGAGUCCUCAUAUUCAGACACAUUCCUCCAAAAUGUGGCCCUCAAUUUCAUUUUAGCUGGUCGUGACACAUCAUCAGUUGCAUUGAGCUGGUUCUUCUGGCUUGUGAGCCAAAACUCGAGAGUGGAGGAGAAGAUCUUGAUAGAGAUAUGCACCGUUCUGAUGGAGACACGUGGUGAUGAUACCUCUAAGUGGCUUGAAGACCCUCUAGUGUUUGAAGAAGUUGACCGAUUGACAUACAUCAAGGCAGCAUUAUCAGAGACUCUUAGGCUAUAUCCAUCGGUGCCGGAGGAUUCAAAGCAUGUCAUCGCCGAUGACGUAUUGCCGGACGGCACGUUUGUACCAGCAGGCUCAAACAUCACCUAUUCGAUAUAUUCGGCUGGUCGAUUAGAGUACGUAUGGGGAGAAGAUAGCUUGGAGUUUAAGCCAGAAAGGUGGCUAUCAAAGGAUGGCCAAAAGUUUAUUCUUCACGAUUCAUUCAAAUUCGUAGCGUUUAAUGCUGGUCCAAGGAUUUGUUUGGGCAAGGACCUAGCUUACCUGCAAAUGAAGUCGAUAGCAGCGGCCGUGUUGCUGCGCCACCGGCUCACGGUGGCGCCGGGGCAUGUGGUGGAGCAAAAGAUGUCAUUGACCUUGUUCAUGAAGUAUGGACUUAAGGUUAAUGUGCACCCUAGAGACUUGGCCCCCAUAGUGGCUAAAAUUGGCAAAGGUAGUUGCAUGGGUGAGGAAAAACCUCUCACUAACGGUUACUGUCAUGCAGAGGUUGAAAUGGUUGAUGAGGUUGCUUAG